GAAACAAUCUACAAUGGAAAUUUAUAAAUUAACAGCUACGCAUAAUGUUUUUAAUAAUAAUUCUGGUCAUAAUAUACAAAUAAAGGAAGACUUUAUGAAACGACAAGUUAUUAAUUCUUCGCCUAAAAAAAUGCCAGAUUAUCAAAAGAUGUCAGUUUACGAAUUGAAGAUUGCAGUGGCUAAAUAUGGAAUUAAACCCUUAAGCAAAGCUGCUAUGGUUCAUCAAUUAGUUGUUAUUUGGAAUUAUCUACAUCAGAAUAAUUACUUUGAAGAUGAAUCGUCAUUAGAAAAUGAAUCAGAGAAUGUUGUAAGAGAUACUGAAAAUAAAAAUAUUUUAUCGACUAAUUCUAAAGCUUCAUCAGAUAAUAUUGAUCAUGUUAAAGAACCUUCAGGAUUAUCAGAUAAUAUUAAACGAAAAAUCAAGGAUCAUAUAAUAUCAAAAUAUUAUGAAAAAAUCAUAAGAUAUGAGCAAUUGGAAUUUGAUGACAUAUAUAAGGAAAUUGUUGAUCUAGGAAUUCUUUGCACUGAAAAGCAAUUACAAUAUUACUUGGACUUACUUAAUAUACAAAAUAAGUCACUGAAAAGAACUGAUGAAUGGAAAAAAGAUCAUAAGAAGUAUCGUAAGACAUGAUACCCUAAUGACAUAAACCUUAUGUAAAAAUCUUGGAGUAUAAUUAGAUAAUCAUUUUAAAAAAAGCAUUAUUAAUAAAACAUACUUGAUUUAAAAAAGAAAAUGGACAAUAUAUAUAUAUGUAUAUAACCGUUUUUAUGUAAUAAAAAACUUUUUUAAGGGUUAAUGUUUUCUUGAGGAGAA